CCGGAAUAUUCGCAUUAAAGGACAGGUAAACACAAUCCGGAAUCAGACGUCGUUGAGCCAUCUGGGUCACAGCCUUUAACACGAAACUGGAGUACCCGUCAACACUGUUCCACCUAAAGUCAUGCAGAACAAACCAAGACAUUAAUAGUGGAUUUAAGUUUUCCCUAAAGGCCGACAAUGGAAAAAGCAAAGAGCAUUUUCGAGUGCCCGGAUAUCGAAGAAAUAUGGCGGGAACAAAUCGUAUUCAACGAGACGAUUGAUAGCGAUUACGAGUUUAUGCUCAGUCGCAGUGAAAAUGGACCAUACCUGCACGUCAUGUGUCCUAAAGGAUCGCACGUGAUUGGACCAUCUGUAAUCACGUGUUUAAAUGGCGGGAUUUGGAGCGAGAUCACGAAACCGACGUGCUCAUAUUCCAGUUUGAUCGGAAUUCCUGACUCCGAUCUACUACUGAUCGGUGUGUUCGCUAGUUGCAGCCUCAUUUUGGUCCUGGGAUUAGCUGCAAUAGUGGCACAUAUCGUAUGUGUAAAGUGUAGACCUGAGCUCAAAAAUCUGUCACUGAGCCCCAUUGACCUUGACACGUUUCCGGCAACUUCCAUGUACAAUCUGGACGACCACAUACUUACAUCUGAGCUACUCGCCAAAUCCGGAAGUCCUUCGAUAAACUUCGGUUCGGAAGCUGACCACAUACGCCCAGAUUCUCGUUUCUCCAACACUAGCAACGGUCUCUUUGGAGAUUUCAGUCGAAGCAAUAGUUGCUAUGACAACGUUUCAUUUAAGAACUUUUCACUACCACGGGUUUAUAAACAGAAACGCUCUGAUGGGAGUAACGAGGAUCAUUCGAGGUCGCAAACCGGAAGUCACAUUUCUACACCGUCACCGGUUUCGUUUAGACGUCAGACUCCGAGUAUGGCGUCAUCAAGACAAAUGUUGAUGACGUCACCGGAUCCCAAGAGCGACAGUUUGAGCAGCAAAGAUGGCGUUAAAAGAUUUGUGAAAUCCUACCCAAGAAAUUACGGACAGAACUGGGACAAUGACGGCCUAGAUGGACUUGCGAAGGACACAACUUUACCAGAAUACGCAUCGCUUCACAAGACAAUGUUCUAGUCAAACUAGAACCGUUUACAACGCUUUAUGGUGAUAAUAAUGAAAUUGGUAGAAUUUUUUGGAGAAGAGCUGAACUGAUUUUGCAGUUUCGACAGUCCGGCAGACCUUCAAUCAGUUACCAAAUCGAACGUUUUAAAUGGCGAUAAAAUUUCUUUAUUGAAAGUUGAUGUAUUUCCGGACUACUUUUAAUAGAGACGGACUACGUUCUAAGGUACAGGGUGCAAUAAUGUUAUUAAGGCCGGACUAUUUCCAAAAGAAACAUAAAAACCUGGUGCAACUUCUGUCGUACAGAGGUGGACAUCUGUAGCGAGUUACGGUUUUUGAACAAUGAAAUUGAAUGAUUAAAAAUGAAGUGUUUGCAUUUUAAUUAAUCACGUGUCCACAAACGUCACGGUGAUUUACUUGA